AAAUAUCAUUCAAGGAGCACCAUUCAAACAACCAUGACAACACAACAAGACAAGUUUUGACACAAGCUGACAGUUGUGAUACGUGAUAUCAUGUGUCAAUCAUUGAUGUUCAAUGAAACGGUAUUUCGAUGAAAAAACACCUUGACUUUCAUUUUAUUCUAUAUUUUUUAUACCGUUAUUGAUCUUAAUUGCCUCCGGCUUUACGGAAGAGGAUGUCCCGAUGCGCUGGUACGCUCCAAGAAAAAAUCUAAAAAUAAACAGUAUUUCCUAUGGACGCAGACAUCCCGGGCACUUGCGGCAGAAGCGAACGGCUCCAGCUGAAGCCACCGCCUCCACCUUCGACAUCUCGGAUUUUGAUAGAUACAAACGUGAAAAACUAAUGUUGGAGAAGCUGAAUAUGAUUCAAUCUUUACUCAAACAGAGAGACGUCAGUAAAGAUCUACAUCAAGCUGAUUCCAAUCCUGCUGUUUUACUAGAUCAUGUUUUAAAAGAGGUUUCCGCAUUAAAAACUGGUGCCAAAUCGGGAUCAACGAAUUCAUCGGAUUGUAACAUCGAGGGCCAAUGGUUAUCUGAAUCUGCAGGAGGGUUAUUUACACUUAAUAAAAUGGUUGGUAUGAGUGGACAGGAACGCCAGGAAAUGCCAUUAGAACGCAAGCGGUCCCACGACCACGUGCAUAAUGGUUUUAUGAGCUUUAAAGAUUGGAACACUACGCUUACAUAUCCAUACGCGAAUAAUUCUCAGUAUAUUAUCAUCAACGGAUGGAAUAAUCGCGAUCAAAUACUAGCUACUUUCAUGGGUGAGUGCCGAGUUUGUCGAAAAAGGGAGCUUUUGCAAGGUAAUUGGUUGAUUGUAAGUCAUUCAAGAGAUUGUGAAAGCUUAGGAACCACCGCAAAGUUAAUCAGUGAUGUUUUCCGACGUGAUAAUAUCGACAAAUUGCGUAAACAACACUUGAGUGAAUUAAACACAAAGAAAAACAAUGGUAAGAAAGGAAUUAGUUUUCCUAAAACUACAAAUGCACCAGCGUCAGCGUCAGAGCCUGUAGCCACAGAGGAACAUACUACAAAAAAGACUAAAUCAGCAAAGCCAACAUCGCUACAUAUUAAACUACAUUAAUUUAUUGUAAAGCAUUUAAUUAUAUAUAAUAUUCUACAAGUGUUUCAAACGUAA